AUGGGAGACCGCGGAUACUACCAACACAAUUACCUUGAAAGGGCCAGAGAACAAGCAAGACAUGAUGUACCGAUAUUCCACCGUCUUUCGCCCAUUUCACCUCCCCUAGAUCUCUUCACCGAGAUAGAAAAAGCAGUAGAAAACACCAAAAAAGCGCGCGAGAAAUAUUUCUACUGCAUUAAUAAAGCAGAUGAAGAACUCAUGAAGUAUUUAAAAUCCAGAUGUGUACUUCCGGUACCAACGGGUCAUCUCAGAAGCUUUUGGGAAGCAGCAGAGAGGAGUAGGAAAGAGGCUAGAAAGGCGAGAGAUGAUUAUUAUGCAUGGUGUAAAUAUGGAGAGAAGAUGAGAGAGAAGUUGCGGAAAGACAUGCUUGGAUUUUUGGUGAAGGAGUUGAAUACUUUGAGUGCAGCUGUUGGGAAAUUGCAAGAUGAGAGUAUGUUGAGGAGAACUAGGGAGGAAUAUACAGGGGAACAUGUAGGCCUGGUACGCAGAUAA